UCGUAUUAAACAAGCGCCUCGCUGAACGCGUUGUUUUGAGAGCUGAAUCGUUAAUGUUUUGAACAUUUGUUAUUUGCACAUUUGUAUUUCUGUAUGCUUGGGUAUGUUUGAUGCGUUGAUUUAGUCAUGUAUCGGCGGAACUGUAACAUAUUACUCAAUUAUAUUCACAAUUAGCCUACAUCAUGUCUGAUCCUUUACAACAUUAGCAACUAAAGAUGAUGGAGGAUUUCUCGGGCCUGGCUUUACCCCCUCUGUUUGGGGGUCACAUUCUGGAAGCUGAACUGGAGACGGGUGGGGUAGAGCUGGGCCCCAGUGGCAGUGAGCUCAUGGAUAAUGACGGGGCCCCGUCUGGACCUGGACAGGAUGGGGAGGAAGAGAGAAGUGAACUAGACAAACGAAAGUAUCAAGCUCUCAGCAAGAAGUGCAAAGAGAUAGAACAGGUGAAUGAGAAGAUUUUGGGUCGCCUUCACCAGGUCCAAAGACUGACUCGUCGACUGAGGAAAGAAAGGAGGUUUCUUCUGAAGACACUGGAUUCGUAUGGAGAUGAAUACAGGACAGCACAGCUCACCAUCCCACUAGAGGAUGAAAGGAAACCUGGUUUAGAUUGUAUUGUUGGUGGUGAUGAGGACAGCUCCUCCCCUACAUUUCCUCACCAAUCAGCAGGUGGUUCCAAGAAGAAGAAACACCGGCUUCCAAAGGACAAGACAGAAUCGGAUCACUCCAUCAAGGCUGAGGCUCAGUUCACAGGCUUUCCCAGUCCCAGUUCCCUUUCUCACUGAUCUCAGAGCAGUGCUGCAGGAUAGCCUACAGCCAAAGGACUGUCAAUACAAUGAUUUGACCUCUACACAUGGACGAUGUCGCUGUACUUUAGUUUGGUGGUGAAUGAGAAAUGUUUGUAUGUUUUUCUUUAUUAAAAUGAACCAUUU